ACCAUCUUUUUUCUUCUUAAAUAAACAAAAAAGGUGUAUGAAUUUGUAUUACUAAACAAUUACUACUUUAUAAGAGGAGAAGUCAAAAGGAAAAAGGAAAUCCCAGUAGCACGAAAAUGUUCACCUAUGCGUUACCUCUAAGAAACUUAGAAAUUUUAUUAGUAUGAUGACGAAGCCAACCUACACUACAGAACAUUUCAUUUCCAAGAUUAGCACAAUGGCGGUGAAGUCCUCAAAGCCCAACCGGGGGCGUUUCAUGCUCUCUUGUUUCGCAUUCAUCGUCUUCCUCUGCGUGUUCGCUUCAAUAAACGAAGUCCGAUUCAACAGCCUACUAAGGUUCGGUCGCUGUGCCCUGUCAAACGAAUCUCUUCCCACAAACUCAGAAGACAACGACCUCCGAAUCCUCAUCUCUGUCCUGACCCUCCCCGACCAGUACCAACGGCGACACUUCCUCCGCCUCGUGUACGGCACCCAAACCAUCAUUGAGGGCGCCAAAGUGGACGUGAAGUUCGUGUUUUGCAACCUCACAAAACAAGACCAAAAAGUCCUCGUGGCACUGGAGAUCAUGCAAUACAACGACAUCAUGAUCCUCAACUGCACCGAGAACAUGAACAAGGGGAAGACAUCCACGUUCUUCUCGAGCCUGCCCGAGAUCUUCAACAAGGAAACAACAACAAGCGGUAUCGUUCCUUACCCUCCCUACCACUACGUGAUGAAAGCAGACGAUGACACUUACGUGAGAGUAAACAGUUUAGUGAGGUCUUUGAGGCCGUUGCCGAGGGAGGAUUUAUACUAUGGGUUCGUGAUACCGUGUGGAAGCAUGGACCCUUUUAAGCACUACAUGUCUGGGAUGGGGUUUGUGGUGUCCUGGGACAUAGUUGAGUGGAUCCAUGGUUCUGAUAUUCCUAAGAAACACGUGGAGGGCCCUGAGGAUAAGGUGUUUGGAGAUUGGAUGCGUUGGGCUCGCCGUGGAAACAAUAGGUUCAAUGCUAAGUGGUCUAUGUACAAUUAUCCCGAUCCACCUUCUGUGUGUAGCCACGAGCUAUGGAAUGAUACUAUUGCGGUUCAUUUGUUGAAGAAUCAAGAAAAGUGGAUUCGGACUCUCACCUAUUUCAACCACACUGAUUCUCUAAAGCCAUCCAAGUUGUACCAUAUAUCUUAACUUAAUAGCUACUAUUAGGUGAUCUCAAUUAACCUUUGUUCUUUACCAUUUUGUUUAUUUUAUUUUAUUUUGUUUUUUUAUAUGUGAUGAUAGUAACAAUAUUACCAUAUCAUUUUGAGGGUCUUAAUAAGUUGUUAUCUUCUGUUGAGGAAGAGAAAAGAGGGAACAAUUUAACUUGCAAGGUGCGAA